CCAAAGCAGGCUCCAGUCUCCGAGCUGUCAGCACAGAGCCCGAUGCGGGGCUCGAAUUCAUGAGUUGUGAGAUGACCUGAGCCGAAGUCGGAUGCUUAACUGACUGAGCCACCCAGGUGCCCAAUGCUUUGUCUUUUAAGCGUGCGACCAUUUCUAAAUGGAAUAAAUAGAAUAUACAUGCAGUGGGUACUCAGUGGCCUUCAAAUGUAUUAUUGGUUGAUUCCAUUGCUUAAAAGUCUUAUCUUCUGGGGGUUGUUUCUGCCUCUGCAGAAAAGAGCACUUCAGGCCUGUAAUUAACAGUUCUCUUGAUGCUGAAUUUACUGCUAGGGGUUUGAGUAAAUUUGCAAUGAGGAAAAAAGGGAAGUUUUUAAAAAUGAUUUUGUAUUUUGUAGCUCUUGUAUCUGGAAAUAUAAAACUGGUUUAAAAUGUCACAUACUUCACAGUUUCAUAAAUGCUAGAGGGAUCAUCCCAAUCAAAGAAAGAUGCAAAAAAAAAAAAAUUAAGAAGGUGUUGGUGAGAUACAGCUUCUGGCGGGUGUGUUGGAGUUUAAAUUCUUUGAGUGUUGGAACCAGAACAAGUUUUCAUGUAACUGUUGAUUUUUGCUAUGAUUUGUGUCUGUUGGAACCUCUGGAAGGGGAGACAACAUGAAAAGAGAAGCAAUUUCUGGAUGGAAACGCACAUUUGGAAUUUGAAAAAGCAGUUGCACUGCCAGUGAGCCCUAGGUGAAAUGUCCAACGCCUAGAGGCUGAUGCCAGGCCAGCAUGAUGUACAUGGUUUUGAGUGGGUCAGACUGACAACAUGAAAAGGAAGCCUUGCUUGUCACUUGGACUUGGACCAUGGCUGUCUGGUACUGCAGUAUGACUUUCUGCAAGAAGCCAAAGAAAAGCAGCUGGCUCUCUUGGAAUCCCAGAUUCACUAAUUGUAAAAGUCUGCAUGUGACUAAGCUGAAAACUGGCCUCUGUGAGCUGUUUCAGCCCCAGCAGGAGCUGUGCUGACCUGGAAGCAGACACAGGCUCCAUGAAUAGGACUCAGACCCUGGGACCGUUGAAGGUUUAGGACCCCUUCUGUAGAGCUCUCAUUAUGAAAACCUACAUCGUGGAUGCUGGCCGGACCGUCGGGCCACAUACACAUGCCCACAGGAGAAGGCUUAUUCUCUGAUGGGACCAUCUACAAUCAAGCUGCUGGUCUGCUCUUUGCCGCAAAUGCGAAGGCUACCUGCAUCCUGAUUUGUGAUCCCUGCCAAUGUUGGGGGAGGGCACAUCACAGGGACUGUGAUCCCUCCACUGCUGUUGAAGAUCAGACUCUGGGCCUUCUUGGCAAGGAUGUCUCACUGGUGUUGACUUGUGUUCGGCUUUCUAGACUAGUUGCAGCUUAACCACAGUGGGCUGAUAGCCUGAUUCUAUUUCCUUACUGCACCCUCCCACCCCCAUACACACCUAGUAAGGUAGGUUCAUUAUUUGAAUAUAGCUGUCUCAAGAGGGAUUGAUCUAGGCUGUUCACUGAAUAAAAGGAAUGGGAGAUGAUGUACACCCAUUUGGAAACUUUUGAAAAUUCAAGCUUUCAUCCUCCACUAGUCUGCCAGGGCUCCCAGAACAAAAUGCCUCAGACUGGGGGGCUUAAGUUAGAGAAAUAUGUGCUCUCACAGUUCUAGAGGCCUACAGUCCUAGACCAAGGUAUUGGUGGGUUUGACUUCUCUCAAGCCCUCUCUCUUGGCUUAUAGAUUCUCACCGUGUCCUGACAUAGUCGCCCCUCUGUGCUGUCUGUAUCCUGAUCUUCUCUUCUUCUAAGGACACCAGUCAGUUUGGAUGAGGGCCUACCCUAGUGAUUCUAUUUUAAUUCAAUCAGCUCUUUGAAAGUCUUGUCUCCCAAUAGAGUCACAAUUCAGAGGUACUGGGGGUUAAGGCUUCAACAUAGGAAUGGCAGAGGGGACACAAUUCAACCCCUGUAACACAUCCUGACCAAUGCCUGAAUUUGUCUUUCUGGUUAAGUUAGAUAAAAAUGUUUAUCUGCAAAAAUGUAUUUGUGUCUCUUGGAUACAGCCUUUGCAGAUAAAAAGCCUGGAGGAGACUAAGAGGGGAUUGGAAGAAUGUCGUUGGGUUGCUGAACAGCGGGGCCUACAGAUUUUGUAGCAAUGAAAAGGCAAAGUCCUGGCCCCUGGAGAGCCUGGGGGAAAUGGUGGCGGGCAUCUAUAAUCUUGGAAGCUUUCCCCUCUUCCUCACAGAAAGCUCCAGUGCUACCUUUCCAUGCUCUGGAGUGCUUUGAGUUCAGACCGCUGAGCCUGUGAUCACACCAGGCAGCCCUGGCUCUGACGACAGAGGGGGCCAGGGCCCUGCACUUCCACACAGAAUGCACACUCAUGAGAUGGGGACACUUGUAUCACAGACAAGUAGAAUUGUUUGGAACUGACUGCCUUCACGCAGCUCUUCCAAUACCAAGGGCUGGCUGGAUCUUCCAGACUGGACUGGAAGCCCUAGGGUGGGAGAACCGUGGUAAGAGGCUUACACUGGGGGCCCUGUUACCCUUCACUGCCUAACAUAUGUCUUGCUUGAGGUACCCUAACAUUGAAAACUCAUUUCCAGUGGAACCAUGUGCCCUCUGGGACUGUACUAAUGUCUUUGUGCCCUGUCACCACACUGCCUCAGCCCUGGAAGGCUUCAGAUCAGCCUGAACUUACUGGCCACAGCUGUGUUGUACCUGAAUUGGUGCCUGGGGCCAGGUAAAAAUGAAUCAUACAGAAGUUUAGGGAGGAAGCCACUUGGCUUUCUAAGAUAGACUGUUGUUAUUUUUUUAAUUGAGGUAUAGUUGACAUAUAACAUUAUAUCUAAAGUAGACUUUGAUGGUUAACGGGACCCCUGGCAGGCAUAACAGAUCAGCACUGCAGUUUGGGCUCAUCUUUUUGCAUGGGGUCCUACUGAUAAUACAUUCGCUGCAAAGAAGCAUGAGCCAAGGCCAAGGGCCAAGGGGAUGGACAGCGCAGAAGGGAGUUAACACAGUAAGCCUGAGACUGCUCUCCUUGUUUGCAAGGCUGACCCUUGGCUGGCAUCUGGGUAAUUGGAUUUUGAGUGGGUUCUCACCAUUACCUAAAUAGUAAGAAUGGCUCACUGUGCCUAAACUGUGCAGACAGUAUGGUUUAUGCUAAAUGCCUGCUUUUCUUCCAGGAAUCCAACAUUUUGGUAUGUGCCAGGCAGAGGGUGUCUACUUGGCCAGCCUAUUGGGCCAGCAGUAUAAAACCCUGGGCACUGAGCCUCUAAGGAGCUUCCCUGGCAAAUAACACUUCACACUUGCUGUCAUAACUCAUUGCUGGAGGAAUUAAGUAUUCUUUGUGUCUAUACUGCGAGAAGGCUCUGGGAAGCUUGUACCUGGUUUCCUCUGGGCUUUGUGCUAUGCACUUUUUUCUGUUUGCUGAUUUUGCUUUGUAGCCUUUUGCCGUAAUAAAUUAUAGCCGGCUGUCAGUAAGACUAUAUGCUGAGUCUUGUGAGUCUCCUAACAAAUCAUCAAACUGGGGGGGGGGGGCACUUUGGGGACUCCCAAAACAGGAACAAGGGCGACUUCUGGGGUGUUGGUAGUGUUCUCUUUCUCAGUCUGGUGUUGUUUAUGUGGGGUGGGUUCAAGUUGUGAAAAUUCAUUGAGCUGUACAGUUAUGAUAUAUACGCUUUCUACAUAUCUUAAGCUUCAAUAAAGAGAUUACACAUCACCAGAGUAAAAGUAAAAAACCUUCCUUUUAUUCAGCAAACAUUUCAGUUACCCCCCUUUUUUACUGGGCAUUGCUCUGGGAGUUUGGGACACGGGCUAGGAAAGAUGUCAUCAUUGCUUCUGCAUUUACUGGGAGGCAGGUAAAGAUAUACUUACAAUAAUAUGGCUGAUAUUUGCUGGGCUCUAUCAGAGACAUCAUAGGGCGCCAAGGGGCACAGAGAAAGCGCUUCUAACCUGGGUAUUUUGCCGUUCUAGGGUUGCUACUCCAGUACUUUCGAAAGUCAGGGAAAUGGGCAGAGGGAGAUGGCUGAGAACAGCGGCAAACAGGGAAGGUAUGUGGGUAUAGAGUCAGAGCCUCUAGUUUUGUUUUGCUUUUUUUUCCUUUUUUUUUUUUUUGGAAAAGCCACAAAUCUGAAUUUUUAUGUGAGCUCUCUUGAGUUUUAAGUGCUGUAAACGAAUCCAAGUUUUCAAAUGUGGGAGGCCAAACACAACACCCCUGCAGGACAAUUUGGCCUUGGCCUACCGGCUUGCGAGGCAUUCUGCCAACCAGCCAUCCGUCCUCAGACCAAAGACCUGAGGGUCCACUCUUUCAGGCUCUGGGAAAUCUAGCAAUGAGCGAGCCAGACAACUUUCUUGCAUUGUGGGGGUGCCUGGUACCGUGCUUCUCAAACAUCAGGAUGUGUGGGAAUCACCUGGCAUUCACACUGAAAGGCAGCUUUCUCACUCGGGAGGUCUGGGGUAAGUAAGGCCUGAAAUUUUCUUUCUAACAAGCUCCCAGGUGAUGGUGAUGCUGGUGAUCCCUGAACCAUAUAUGCUUUGAGUAGAGUUGCUCUAUAUUCCGGAGGGGCUUAGGAGCAGCUGGCAAGCACCGUGUUUUUACUUGAGUUUUAGUUUAUUGGGGUGUCUUGGAGCUGAGGACAUCAGAGGCAAGUGCUUAAGGCUGAGCCGCCAGGUCUCUAUUCUCAGAGGUUAUAAUCUAGAAGGCAGGUGGGGGUGGAGGAAAGUGUUAGGAAAAGCUUCCAGGAGGAGGUGCAUGGGAACUGCAGGAACCUCCCUGGCCGUCGAGAAAGGGAGAAGCCCUGAACUCCCCCUCUCCUCGGGCUGGGUCUCUGUAUCCCCACGCCGUGUACGGUUUCCCAGGCAUCCCACGUGUCUGCGCCCAGCGAGUGCCUGUCAAUCAAGUUUCUCUCCUACCCCGGGCUGGGUAGGGUUUAAAGGCAGCAGCGGUGCAGAGCGCUCCCAUCGUGCCGCGCGGCGGGCGGGUUUGGAUUUUAAAUCCCCGCGGCCAAUCAGUGGCGCGCAGGCUCUUGUAACGUUCCCGGCGCCGCGUUUGAAUUCGAGGAGGAGCGAAGCGGUGCCAGGUCUCUGCCCAGACUCUGCUAGGUUUGCGGAGCAACUCCGGGAACAUGAGUGCGGCGGCAACUGCAGGGAAGCUGGCGCGGGCACCAGCCGACCCAGGGAAAGCCGGGGGCCCCGGAGUUGCAGCUCCCGGGGCUCCAGCGGCCGCUCCGCCGGCGAAAGAGAUCCCGGAGGUCCUAGUGGACCCGCGCAGCCGGCGGCGCUACCUGCGGGGACGCUUUCUGGGGAAGGGCGGCUUUGCUAAGUGCUUCGAGAUCUCGGACGCCGACACUAAGGAGGUGUUCGCUGGCAAAAUCGUGCCUAAGUCGUUGCUGCUCAAGCCUCACCAGAAGGAGAAGAUGUCCAUGGAGAUAUCCAUUCACCGCAGUCUCGCCCACCAGCACAUCGUAGGCUUCCACGGCUUUUUCGAGGACAACGACUUCGUGUUCGUGGUGUUGGAGCUCUGCCGCCGGAGAUCUCUCCUGGAGUUGCACAAGCGGAGGAAAGCACUGACAGAGCCCGAAGCCCGCUACUAUCUUCGGCAGAUCGUCCUUGGCUGCCAGUACCUGCACCGAAACCGGGUCAUUCACCGGGACCUCAAGCUGGGCAACCUUUUCCUGAACGAGGAUCUGGAGGUGAAAAUAGGGGAUUUUGGACUGGCAACCAAGGUCGAAUAUGACGGGGAACGCAAGAAGACCCUGUGUGGGACUCCUAAUUACAUAGCUCCUGAGGUGCUGAGCAAGAAAGGGCACAGUUUCGAGGUGGACGUGUGGUCCAUUGGGUGCAUCAUGUAUACCUUGCUAGUGGGCAAACCACCUUUUGAGACAUCUUGCCUAAAAGAGACUUACCUCCGGAUCAAGAAAAAUGACUACAGUAUUCCCAAGCACAUCAACCCUGUGGCCGCCUCCCUCAUCCAGAAGAUGCUUCAGACAGAUCCUACUGCCCGCCCAACCAUUCACGAGCUGCUCAAUGACGAGUUUUUUACUUCUGGCUAUAUCCCCGCCCGGCUCCCCAUCACCUGCCUCACCAUUGCACCACGGUUUUCAAUUGCUCCCAGCAGUCUGGACCCCAGCAACCGGAAGCCUCUCACAGUCCUCAAUAAAGGCAUGGAGAACCCCACGCCCGAGCGGCCCCGGGAGAAAGAGGAACCAGUGGUCCGGGAGACCAAUGAGGCAGUCGACGGCCACCUAGGUGACAUGCUGCAACAGCUGCACAGUGUCAAUGCCUCUAAGCCCUCAGAGCGGGGGCUGGUGAGACAAGAGGAGGCUGAGGAUCCCGCCUGCAUCCCCAUCUUCUGGGUCAGCAAAUGGGUGGACUAUUCAGACAAGUACGGCCUUGGGUACCAGCUGUGCGACAACAGUGUGGGGGUGCUCUUCAACGACUCGACACGCCUGAUCCUUUACAAUGACGGCGACAGCCUGCAGUACAUAGAGCGUGAUGGCACAGAGUCCUACCUCACUGUGAGCUCCCAUCCCAACUCCCUGAUGAAGAAGAUCACCCUCCUGAAGUACUUCCGGAACUACAUGAGUGAACACUUGCUGAAGGCAGGCGCCAACAUCACGCCUCGGGAAGGCGAUGAGCUCGCCCGGCUACCCUACCUGCGCACCUGGUUUCGCACCCGCAGCGCCAUCAUCCUGCACCUCAGCAACGGCUCUGUGCAGAUCAACUUCUUCCAGGACCAUACCAAACUCAUCCUGUGCCCGCUGAUGGCAGCCGUGACCUACAUUGAUGAGAAGCGGGACUUCCGCACGUACCGCCUGAGCCUGCUGGAGGAGUAUGGCUGCUCCAAGGAGCUGGCCAGCCGGCUGCGCUACGCCCGCACCAUGGUGGACAAGCUGCUGAGCUCCCGCUCGGCCACCAACCGUCUCAAGGCCUCCUCGUAGGCCUUCCUCCCCUCCGGACUGGUGCCCCUCCCACCCCCACCGGCACCUCGGCCCGUACUGGUUAGCUCCCACGGUGCUGUUUUCUAGAAUGUGGCCCCCGGCCCUGGGGGCUGGGAAGAGCUACAUUAUCCUUGCUGGUGGGUGUCUCCGUGUAAGUUAUUUUUGUACAUGUUCCGGUGUGGGUUCUAUGGCCUCUUUCCCUUCCCUCUCAACCCCGCCAUGUGAAUUGUACAGAAUAUUGCUCUUGAAUCCGGGACUGUCCUUUCCUUGCCUUUAUAUACAUUAAACACGUGAAUCUUC